AUGACUUCCGCGAAAGUAGAAUUAGCAACUCCAAGUGGUGAGUCCAACAUCGACGGCACCCAUCAAAACCCCACGGAUCGGCACGGGAAAGGAGCGGCGGCAGAGGAAGGCUGCCCAGAUUCAGGGAGAGAGGACACGCGCACAGGCAGCCGCCGCCAAAAACCCUCCCCGAGAGGGGCCGUCUUCAAGCGUGCGGUCCCGGGGGAGAAACUCGAGGGGACGGGGGACUGCAGCGACGACUCCGUCAAGACUCCGCUCUCACGGGGGAGGACCCUGCAUCCAGGCGGCUUCGGCACCAACCUCUCACCGUCCUCCAAGCCUCACCACCCCCGUUCCUUCCCGCACGCCCUGCCCUCGACUCCCUCCCGCUCCGCCACCGGCCCUUGGCCCGGUCUCCCCCCCGUCCGCGCACAGGCCCCGGCCCCCCGCCCCGGCCCCGAGGCUGCCCCUCACCUGUGCCUCGGAGCCCCAGUCCCUGGGCAGACCGCGUCCAGACGUCCCCUCCAGCCGGCCCUCAGAGGGCACCCCAGCCCUCCCACAACCCGGCUCCUGAGGAACCCCCUCACCCCGGGGCUCUCGACCCGGCUCCCCGACCUCCGACGCUCGCACCGGGCCCCUCGCCGCAUGCCAGCCCCUCAGCCGGCCCCCCACGGCAGGACCGUCCAGUCCCGGGGCCGUCGUUCCCAGGCCCCCACCCGCUGUCCCGCGCCGGCCGGGCCCUCUGGCCCUGACGUACCGUCACCCACAGAACCCCGGCUCUGA